AUGGACACGUUACUCACCGCUGAGAUCGUGGCUAACUCUCCACAAUUUCGUCGCAAGUCAUCCAUCUUUGUUGAUGCAAUUCAUGACUUACCCGAAAAGGCUGAUCUGGCCCCGGCCCAAUUGUACAGCACCGAGUCUGGUCGACUGUUCCAUUCGGGCCGAAUUGUGAUCAUCACUGUCGGCUUGCCUGCUAGAGGCAAAACGCUUGGUGUUAAAACCAGAAUAUUCCAUCUAGGAGACUAUCGUCGUGCCACCAUUCCAUUUGGUGAGGAUAUGCCAGAUGAUUAUUUCUAUGUCAAUGGUGAGUAUGACAUCACUGUUUACCUCUCGGUUCUGCUGCGACAAAAGAUCGUGAGGAAAUGCCGAGAAGACAUUUAUCACUUCCUGAACCACGAGAAUGGUCAAAUAGCAAUUUACGAUGCUGUCAACCCGCUAGCUUCGGGACGGCGUUCACUUGCCAAGGAGUUUGCAAAGCAUGAUAUCGAGACGCUCUUUAUUGAGUCUUGGUGUGAUGAUGAACGCAUCAUUGAAGAGAAUGUUCGCAGAGUCAAGAUUUCCUCCCCUGAUUAUGUCUCAUGGAAAUCAGAAGAAGCCGUGAAGCACUACUUGACCCGCAUCUCUUCUCGCAUCCCUCAAUUCCAGACCAUGGAGGAAAAGGAUUUGAAUUAUAUCAAGAUGAUCAACGCCGGCGAGAGACUAAUUGUCAACAAUAGGAGCUUUGGUUACCUUUCUAACCGUAUUGUCUUCUAUCUUUUGAACCUCCACAUCAAAUCGCGACGGACUUACUUUGUUCGGGCCGGUGUUUCAUUGGAUGCAGAUUCUUACAAAGCUGAUGCCUCCCUUUCGGAACAGGGAGAAGACUAUGCUCAAAAAAUGACGGCACGUCUACUAGCUCACCGAGAAGAAGAGAAGCAGGCGAUGAUUGAGCGAGGAGAGACUGGCUAUGAAUCAAGACCCCUGAAGAUUUGGACCUCUACUCGACGCAGGACAGUGGAAACAGCAAAAUACCUCCAUGAAAACGGCUACAAAGUUCGGCAAAGAUCUCAGUUGAGCCAACUGCACCCUGGCGUAUGCGAGAAAAUGUCCGAGAAACACAUACGAGAAGAAUAUGGGGACGAGGUUGCCAAGCAUGAGCUUGAUCCCUACCAUCACCGUUAUCCCCGCGCGGAGUCUUACCACGAUCUUGCCGUUCGUCUGGAGCCCAUAAUUCUUGAGCUUGAGAGAGAACAAACCGAUCUGCUUAUCAUCGCACAUGAAAGCGUUUUGAGAGUUUUGUACGGCUAUCUUAUGGCUUGCAAUGCCGCGGACAUUCCGUUCCUUGAGUUCCCUCGCGAUGAAAUUAUUGAGAGGCAACUGACACUGUUCCAGAUCAUUCCAGAGAGCUACCAGAAUGUGGCACAGCAUAUCAAGAUUCCUGACCUCCCCGAGGAGAUCAUUCCGGACUCCCCUGAAGACCUGAAGAUUCCAGUGCCCCCGAGCGGAGUGGUGUCGCCAAUGCAGGGCCUUGGUAGCCCAGAAGGCCAAGCAACUCCACAGAGUGGUUACCGAACACCGAGUGGAAUCAGAACACCCCGUGCUGAAAGGAUCUCACAAGAUCACGUUGAAGACGUGGUCUAG